AUGAGAAGCUUGAUGUGGGAGUCGGACCUGUUGAUGUGGAAGCAACCCGCAGUCACAGGUGCUGUCUUCGGUUGCUUCAACUGCUUCUUCCUCGCUGUUUACACCUGGGACCUGUCGUUGGUGCCAUUUCUUUGCAAUAUCUUCACCCUGGUGCUGAUGGCGGGCGGCGCUGUCAGGUAUGCUGCACCGCAAUCAGCAGACCAUAGCAUCGAGAUUCUCUCGCAGGACGCCAUCAAGGUGGCAGUCGAGAGCAUCUCCAAAGUUCUCAAUGUCGUCUCCCAGAAGGUACGUGAUGUAGUGCUCUGGACCACGGCAGAAGCGACCUUCAUGGCAGCGACCUAA